ACAACGCUGGUACUCUGUUGUUAUCAGCAAUGUCGUUUGCAAUGAAGUACUGUUCCAGUCGUUCAAUGGUCAAAAUCUUCCUCUCUUCCUACGAGCCCCAUCUGCAUUCGUGAUGCACACUGCAGCAGAUCCAAAUAAAGACCCUUCACACCUACCACCCUUCUCUUCAGACCACUCAGACCUACACCUACCACCCUUCUCUUCAGACCACUCAGACCUACACCUACCACCCUUCUCUUCAGACCACUCAGACAUACACCUACCACUCUUCUCUUCAGACCACUCAGACCUACACCUACCACCCUUCUCUUCAGACCACUCAGACCUACACCUACCACCCUUCUCUUCAGACCACUCAGACCUACACCUACCACCCUUCUCUUCAGACCACUCAGACCUACACCUACCACCCUUCUCUUCAGACCACUCAGACCUACACCUACCACCCUUCUCUUCAGACCACUCAGACCUACACCUACCACCCUUCUCUUCAGACCACUCAGACCUACGGCUACCACCCUUCUCUUCAGACCACUCAGACCUACGGCUACCACCCUUCUCUUCAGACCACUCAGACCUACACCUACCACCCUUCUCUUCAGACCACUCAGACCUACACCUACCACCCUUCUCUUCAGACCACUCAGACCUACACCUACCACCCUUCUCUUCAGACCACUCAGACCUAAACCUACCACCCUUCUCUUCAGACCACUCAGACCUACACCUACCACCCUUCUCUUCAGACCACUCAGACCUACGGCUGACACCUUCAGUCUCUCUAUCUCUCUCUCUUUCUUUCUAUACAUCCUCUUGAUACAGAUCUCUUGAUCUAU